AUGGCGGACACGGAGGCGGUCCCGCCUGCGAAGCACAGCUCCCCGGUGGUUGAGAAACUGCAGGACUUCUUCAAAUAUUUCACGAUCUAUUUUCAAGCCAGCCCGACCAAAUUUGACAUCUUUCUUCUUGUUGCUGGUUUAGUCUGUGCCAUCGCUUCCGGAGUUCCUUUCCCCCUGCUUGGUAUCAUUUUCGGUCAGCUUAUAGACGACUUCAACUCGGAGAGCUGUGCGUCAUCAACAGCGCUCAGUUCCGAGGUCCAAAAUGAGUACCAAUCCGAGGUCAAUAGCAAGAUUUUAUAUGUCUUGUACUUGGCAAUUGCUCAGUUUGGUUUUAUGUACAUCCAUCUCGUCUGCUGGUCCAUUGGUGGUGCGCGACUGGCCCAACGACUUCGAGAGCAAUAUUUUUGCAGUCUCCUUCGCCAGGAGCCUUCAUUUUUUGAUAACCUACCCUCUGGUGAAGUUUCGUCACGGCUGAAUGGGGAUAUCCAAACUAUUCGCUCAGGCACAUCAGAGAAAGUUGGUAUUUGUAUCUCUAGUGUUUCUUUCUUUGUGACUGCAUAUGUGGUUGCUUUCAUCAAAGACACUAAACUCGCUGGUAUUUUGGUAUCACUGCUGCCUGCAUACUUUAUCAUGUCUAUUGGUGGCGGUUGGUUCAUUGAGAGGUAUUCCAGCCGCUUGUCAGAUAGCUUUGCGGCUGCUUCAUCUAUCGCCUCGGAAGGACUGUCUAAUGUGGCUGUUGUACAUGCAUUCAAUGCAAACGACCGACUUGAAUCAAAGUUCACAACCCACCUCCGCACGGCGCGAAAUGAGGGGUUGAAAAAGGCCUUGGCGACUGGUGUACAGGCUGGUCUAAUGUAUUUCAUCGCCUACUCGGCCAACGCGCUAGCUUUUUGGCAGGGAAGUCACACCAUUGCCAAUUCUGUCGCUAGCAAUGGCGAUAGUGCGUCGGUCGGCUCGAUCUUUACUGUGAUUUUCCUGCUCGUUGAUGCAACCCUUAUUCUUAGCCAAGUGGCUCCAUUCCUACAGAUCUUUGGGGCUGCCUCCGCGGCUUUUACAAAACUUCAACGGGACAUGAGCCACCGAUCCAAGAUUGACGGUACAUCAUCUGAAGGUCUCCAGCUGCCCCCUGCCAUGGUUGGCCAUUUCGAGCUGCGAAACGUGUCAUUCACAUAUGCGUCUCGACCCGAGCGACCAGUGCUCCGGAACGUAUCCCUAGAAUGUCCUGCUGGUAAGCAGACCGCCAUUAUUGGACUCUCCGGAAGUGGCAAGUCUACCAUCGCCAGUUUGAUGUUACGUUUAUAUGACACCGACGAAGGGUCAAUCAUUUUAGAUGGCCAGAAUGUUCGUGAUUUAAACACUCGUCAGCUUCGCAGCUGCAUUGGUAUGGUUCAACAAGAGGCAACUUUGCUUGAUCGUUCCAUAUUAGAAAAUAUUGCACAUGGCCUUGUCAACUCCGCCGCUCAGAAACAUGAGCACCUUCUGUCCACUUUGGUCGGACCUCAACUUUCUCAUAUCGCGGCUGCUAUUCGUGAAGGUCAAGAUGCGACUCAGGCGGCUCAAGAUCAAGGCCCCGAGGCUGUUGAAGUUCUUGAGCUGGUCCAGCAUGCCGCAACGCUCGCGGAUGCAGCACAUUUCAUCGGCAACCUCUCCGAAGGCCUAGGUACUAUUGUGGGAUCCAAUGGAACCUUGUUGAGUGGCGGUCAGAAGCAGCGAAUCGCGGUUGCUCGCGCACUUGUCAAGGACCCUAAGAUUCUGAUUUUGGAUGAAGCUACCGCAGCGCUCGACUCGAAAAGUGAAAAGGAGAUCUUGGCGGCAGUCGAGCGCUGUUCGGAAGGUCGCACGAUGAUCUCGAUCGCGCAUCGCCUCUCAACCAUUAGGCGGGCGAACAAAAUUAUCGUCAUGCGUGAUGGUGAGGUCAUCGAGGAAGGAGAUCAUGCCGAACUCAUGGAGAAACAAGGCGCAUAUGCAGACCUUGUGGGACUUCAGAAUUUGAAGACAAAUGCCACAGACAAGCAGAUUGAAGCGCCUGCCCCCAAAAUCACUGAACCCGAAAAAGAUGGUGAUAGUUCAGACUCAACAGAGAUUGUGAAAAGCACAAGCAUAGAACCUAUUUCCAUUGAUGAGAAUGAGAAGCCUCUCGAUUCCGCAUCAUCGUCUUUGAAUGACGCUGCCAGGAAGCCAGUCAACAAAUCUGUUUGGUAUUUGGCCAAGGGCAUGUUCCCGAUUAUGCGUCCAUAUUUGCUUCUUGCCCUCUUGGCUCUUCUCGGUGCUAGCAUCGUUGGUGCUGCCUUUUCAGUAGAAGCCGUGAUUUUCGGUAACACUGUGGGCAGCCUGACUCCUUGUGAAACACCUGAUUAUAUCCGGUCGCGCGGCGCUUUCUUUGGUCUGAUGUUUUUCAUUUUGGCCAUAGUGGAAUUCUUUGCCAACAUCACCAGCUGGGUUGGAUUUGGAUAUGUCUCUGAGAAAUCGAUCUAUAAAAUUCGGGUGUUGCUUUUCCGAUCAUUGUUUGAGCAAGAUUUGCAGUGGCACCAGUCUGAGAGCCGGACCCCCACGGGUCUGUUGGGAUACAUCACCAACGAUGGAAAUCUCAUUUCUGGCCUAAGCGGAUCAGUCAUUGGAACUAUCUUUUCGAUUUGCAUCAACUUGGUUAUUGCCAUCGUUAUGACCUUGUGCAUCGCAUGGAAGAUGGCACUUGUUUGUAUUGCUGUUGUGCCUUUACUCCUGGGUGUUGGUCUGAUGGAACUCCGAGUCCUAGCCAACUUCGAGGAAAAGCAUGAGAAUGCUUUCAAUCAAUCUGUCAGCAUCAGCGUGGAAGCGAUCAAUUCAAUCAAGACCAUUGCGGCACUUUCACUCGAAAACGAGACACUGGCCGUAUACCGGCGUACUCUCUCUGGACCUCGCCGUGAAACUACCACGAUCAGUCUGUGGGCAAACUUAUGGCUCGGCCUGGCAUACUUCAUUGGUAACCUAUCCUAUGCAUUAGCUUUCUGGUGGGGCUCGAAGCAGAUCUUCAAUGGCACAUACAGCGAGACUCAGUUCAUCAUCGUCAUGUUUGCUUUGUUGGUCAGCGCUCAAUUGUGGAGUCAGAUGUUCGCUUUAGCACCCGAAGUUUCCAAUGCUCGUGCUGCAGUUGCUCGAGUUUUGAAUAUGAUGGAGAUCGGAUCGGCAGGUCUUUCCUCUAACGUCAAGGAGCUCCCUGAACCAACUAGCGAAAAGGAUAUCGAGGCUUCGGGAGAAACCAAGGCUUUCACGCCGAAUGCGCAAGGGGGCAUUGAGGUUGAGCUUCGUGAUGUGAAGUUCUCGUAUCCUGCCCGAGCCCAUGCUCCAGUUCUACGUGGAUUGAAUGUGCACGUACGACCGGGCCAGUUCUGUGCCCUGGUGGGACCGUCUGGCGCAGGAAAGUCCACAAUAAUUCACCUAGUAGAGCGCAUGUAUCUGCCGAGCUCUGGCGCAAUUCUCGUGGAUGGCACCGAUAUCACCCAGCGGUCGGACAUAAGCUUCCGUGAUGAGAUUGCUCUUGUUCCCCAGGAAGGAGUGCUGUUCGAAGGCAGUAUCCGUUUCAACGUCUCGCUUGGUGCUCGUCCAGGCACAGAAGUUUCUGAUGAGGAGAUCACCCAAGCCUGCAAGCUAGCCAAUAUCCAUGACACCAUUAUCAACCUUCCGGAUGGAUAUGAGACACAGUGCGGCGCAAACGGAAGCAAGCUCUCAGGAGGCCAGAAACAACGAUUAGCCAUUGCUCGUGCGCUUGUACGCAAGCCUAGACUUCUUAUCUUGGAUGAGCCAACUAGCGCCCUUGAUGCCGAGUCGGAGAAGCUAUUGCAAGAGGGUCUGGAGGUCGCAUCACAGGGCAUUAGUGUUCUCGCGAUUGCACACCGUUUGAACACUAUCCGCAAGGCGGAUACCAUUUACAUGAUCGAGGCUGGUGUGUGCGUUGAUGCCGGCACUCAUGACGAGCUCUUCGCACGGUCUGAGAACUAUAGAAGCAAUGUUCUCAACCAGACAUUUGAAGGGUAG